ACAAACCCUCAUCCUCUCUGCCAUAGCAGCUACCACUGAAAGAGAGAGAGAUGGUUUCGCUAAAACUCCAGAAGCGGCUUGCCGCCAGCGUUCUCAAGUGCGGUCGAGGAAAGGUCUGGAUCGACCCAAAUGAAGUCAACGAAAUCUCCAUGGCCAACUCUCGCCAAAACAUAAGAAAGCUGGUUAAGGAUGGUUUCAUCAUCAGGAAGCCAACCAAGAUUCACUCGCGUUCUCGUGCACGCCGCAUGAAGGAGGCCAAGAGGAAGGGACGCCAUUCUGGAUAUGGUAAGCGUAGGGGUACAAGGGAAGCAAGGUUGCCCACCAAAGUGCUAUGGAUGAGGAGAAUGCGCGUACUCAGGCGUUUGCUCCGAAAGUAUAGGGAAUCAAAGAAGAUUGACAAGCACAUGUAUCACGACAUGUACAUGAAGGUGAAGGGUAACGUUUUCAAGAACAAGCGAGUCCUAAUGGAGAGCAUCCACAAGUCCAAGGCUGAGAAGGCAAGAGAGAAGACUUUGUCUGAUCAAUUUGAGGCGAAGCGGGCGAAGAACAAGGCCAGCAGGGAGAGGAAAUUUGCAAGAAGGGAGGAGCGAUUGGCCCAGGGACCGGGAGAAAAACCAGUGGCAGCUCCACCCGUUGCUGCUUCUCAACCUACUCAGACAGCUAAAAAAUCCAAGAAGUGAGACCUCAUUGAAGAACACUGAAGGAUGCAUGACUUUUGAUGGUCCAUGCAUCCUCGGUUGUGCUGGAGUAAUUUUGACGAGUAUGUGUUAUUUGAUGGUUUUGGAACUUGUUAUUAAGUUUAUUAUAUCCUGGAUAAAAGGAGUCCUAAUGUUUUGGUGCUUCGUUCAAUUAAUGUUUUCUUUUGUUA